AUGAAUGAGGAAAUAAACAGUAUUUUGGACCGCUACGGCAUUCCAAAGGAAAGCCAAUUCGGAGGAAAUCGAAGAGGUCCGCAUCCUGCAUCUGUUAACAGACCAGUACACUAUCCAGAGUGGGAUGAGAAGCCAAGUGACCGUGGAUAUGUUGUCUCUAAUCAUAUGAUCAACGAACCUCCCGAGAGGCCGUUCAGGAUUGUCGUUAUUGGCGCUGGAGCAGCUGGAAUCGAUUUCCUUCAUCACGCCCCCAAGCAGCUAGGUGAUCUAGGAGUCGAGAUAGUCUGUUAUGAAAAGAACCCUGACGUUGGUGGAACAUGGUAUGAAAAUCGGUACCCUGGCUGUGCCUGUGACGUUCCCAGCGUUUCUUACAGCUUUCCAUGGAAGCAAAAUCCCAACUGGCGAAAGUUUUACUCCACUUCCAAAGAGAUCUGGGAGUACAUGAAGAGUAUUGUGGAUGAAGAAGGGAUGAUGAAAUACAUUCAGCUUCAAUGCAAAAUUGUAUCCGCAAAUUGGAAUGAUGAAAGAAGCAAGUGGAAUGUGAGAGUUCGCCGACAAUAUCCUGGAAAGGAUUCAAGUUUCGAAGAAUGGAGUGAGGAGUGUGAUAUGAUUCUGAAUGGAGGUGGAUUCUUGAAUGAUUGGAAAUGGCCGAAAAUACCCGGAAUCAAGACUUUUACUGGAGAUUUAUUUCACACAGCCGGAUUCCAAGAGGGAUAUGAUCUGAAAGACAAAACUGUUGCUGUAAUUGGCGCUGGAAGCUCCGGCAUUCAAACAGUCUCUGCGGUAUAUCCAGAGGUGAAGAAGCUGUAUACGUGGGUCCGCAGCGCAACAUGGAUCACAGCUGCAAUUGGACAGAAGUUUGCUUCUAAAGACGGGCGUAAUUUUGCAUACACACCCGAACAAAGGGAACUUUUCGAGCGAAGCCCUGAAACAUAUCAUCGGUACCACAAGAUGAUCGAGCAUGAAUUGAACAACCGAUUCAGAACAGUUCUACGCAAUUCAGCCGAGUCUGAAGAAGCCAAUGCUUUUGCAUAUAACGAAAUGACUGCAAAGCUCAAGACAAAGCCUGAUAUCCUUGAAGCUAUGCUUCCUCGCGAUUUCAGCGUUGGCUGUCGGCGGCCCACACCCGACAAUGGAUAUCUUGGAGCCCUAGUCGGGGAGAAAACAAAAGUUCUUCCGGGGAGCAUCAAGUCAAUCACUGAGAAGGGUGUGGUGGCCGAGGAUGGCACCGAGUAUCCCGUUGACGUGAUCAUUUGCGCUACGGGUUUUGAUACCUCCUUCCGCCCACGAUUUCCAAUUUUUGGCCUAAAUCCCGAUCUUCCGCUGGCGGAAAAAUGGGCAAAAAUUCCUGCUAGCUACCUCGGAAUUUCAGUUGAUGGAUUCCCAAAUUAUUUUACAUAUGGGGGCCCUUUCACACCGGUUGCACAAGGCUCGGUUCUUCCUAUCCUGUCCCUCCUGAGCAAGUAUUUUAUUACAGUCAUCAAAACUAUGCGAGUACAGCACAUCAGACGACUGAGCCCAAAGCCUUCUGCGGUGGAAGACUUUUUGGAACAUACAAAGACUUACCUUCCCCGAACAGUCUGGGCAGAUCCCUGCACGAGCUGGUUUAAGCAGGGGACAAAGGAUGGAGAUCUGAUCAUGUGGCCUGGCUCGCGACUUUCAUUCUUUGAGGCUCUCCGAGAGCCAUACUUACAAGACUAUGAUAUAGAGUACUUUAGCAGGAAUCGCUUCGGCUAUUUGGGAAGUGGUUUCGUUGAUUUCGAGUUCAAAAGCCCACUUGAAAAUACAUGGUACCUGGAUGAGUUCUCCGGCCGCAAAGAAUGGAAGCGCGAUGGAGUGCCUUACUAUCAAGACCCGUCCGAAUUUGAAGGAUUGAGUGAAGGUAUUUUGCCCUCUCGCGAGAUUAACUAG